UACCUCCCGCCCCCUACCCGAAUCCCAGGGAUUGGGAGGGAAGAUAACCGAUAACCAAGGCAACUGAGGAUCCACCUUCUCGGCUGUGGUGCAAUCCUCCCUGGAUGCUGCCCAUCGGUUUUUUGCCUGUUGCCACCAGCAACAGUCUCGGCAACGGCUCGUUCCCGUUGCUAUAGUAGCAAUACACAGAUCCUCACCACUUUCGCAACAACCUGACCCUUCGCAACAACCCGACCCUCCACCAACUGCUCCUUCAUCUCCUUCUUUCAGACCCUUACUCCCAACUCUGAAGUUCUUCUUACGUAUUUUCGGGGUGGAAGAGGAGUAUUUAAGGGAUCUGCGAGUCAGAUCUAGGGAUUUAACCAGCCUUCACCCUAAGGAGUCUCAGCCCCAGGAAGGAAGAUGUCUGAUGAUGAGGACUUGGAAGAAUAUGAUCCAGACCAGGAUGAACCAGAGGAGGAAAAAGAGAAUAAAGAGGCAGAAGAAGGGGAAGAGAAGGAGGGAGGGGAAGAAGCUGAAGAGUUCAUCCCCAAUCCUAUCACAGAGGACACAAUGAAGGAAGGUCUCUCUUUGCUCUGCAAGACAGGCAGUGGACUCUCCCAUGCUUAUGUGAAGCUGGAGGCCAAAGAUAAUUCCAGCUACUUUCUUCCCCACUCCAGCUGUCAUGCCCUGUCCCUAAUUCUAACAGCAGCCCUGGCCUCCCUCCCUUCACCAUUGUCCAGGGAACUGACUGACAUUUCUCUGCUGUCCUCCUACAUCCACCUCCGUUAUGUGGAUCUGUCUGGAAACCGGCUGUCGGACUUGUCACCACUCAACCACCUGACUCACCUACUCUGGCUCAAGGUUGACCACAACCGACUCCAGAGUGCUCGGAUGUCAGAGCUGCCCUACUUGCAGAUUGCCAGCUUUGCCUACAACCAAAUCACUGACACCGAAGGCAUCAGCCAUCCCAGAUUGGGCAGCCUGGAUCUCAAAGGUGUUCUCUGGGUGGGCAGAGGAAACAACAUCAAGAAGAUAACAGGCCUGGACCCCCAAAAGCUGGUGAACCUCCACACACUAGAGCUCCGAGGGAACCAGCUGGAGAGUACACUGGGACUCAAUCUCCCCAAGCUGAAAAAUCUCUUCUUGGCCCAGAACCAGGUGAACACAAUAGAAGGAACUGAAGGACUGAGUUAUCUCACCACUUUGCAUCUUCGGGACAACCAGAUCAGUUCUCUGAGUGGCUUCUCUCAUGAAAUGAAGUCCCUGCAGUACCUCAAUCUUCGGGGGAACAUGGUGACAAACCUAACAGAAUUGGGUCAGCUGAAAGAUUUGCCCCGACUUCGGGCCCUGAUCCUGUUGGAGAACCCAUGUACAGAUGAAAAUGACUAUAGGCAAGAAGCCCUGAUACAGAUACCCCAACUGGAACGGCUGGACAAGGAAUUCUAUGAGGAAGAAGAACGGGCAGAGGCUGAUGAAAUCAGACAGAGGUUAAAGGAAGAGCAAGAGCAGGACAUGGAACAGGACCUGGAUCAGUUUGGAGAUAAGGAGGAUGUGGAUGAAAUUGUGGUCUAAGGCGCCAGUGUGUGUGAUACCGAUCUCCUCAUCACUUUCUUCUUUCCCUUGGAAAGACCCUACCCUUAGUCCAUCCUUGGAGGAAGAUGACCCAUUCAUUCCUCCUCUCCCUGGAUCCCAGGAGUUGGAAGCACCUUCAGCUCAGGAUCUGUGAAAGGAGUGAUAAAGAAAGCAGAGGAAGGAAGGAAGGAAGACCUAGAGAGAAUUCCUUGCUUUUUACUUUUAUUUUAUUUUAUUUUAUUUUUUCAGCAGAACUGGUGGGGGUAUUGGGGGAGGGGGAGGUAGAACGGUCAGCUUAACAGGAUCCAGGCAAACCUGAAAGGGGAAGGGACAGACCUAGGGGAAUUUAAACACUAGUCUGGUAAAAGAAAUGGGGGUGGGGGGAGAGCUGUGCUCGGGAGCAGACCUGGGUGGGUUGAAUUGCUUCUUUUUCCAAUAAAGAAAUUCAUGCCA